UUACGACAACGUGCUCUAACGGCCCGUCAUUGACGGACAUCCGCGUGAGACUGAAGUACAGAACGCGCCGUAUAGAUCUCGCUCCCGGUGUCCCGCCAAAAUACGUCAGUCGUGUUUUUAUUUCCCAUAUCGUUAUUCGUUAUCACUUAUCACCUAUCAUUGGUCUGAUAAACAGGUGAAUUAUUUUUGUAUAGUUUAUUAGUUGGUAAUUUUUAUUUUUUUGAAAUUGUUACACGAACGAAUUCAUAAUAAUAUUGUGCUUCUGUCAACAAUAAAUUGCGGUCUGAAAUAUUUGAAGUCUUAUAGUACCUGUACAGCCGAUAAAUGUUAUGAAUGUUAAUCAUGACAAGACUUGUUUCCAGACUGAUAUGCAAUGUCGUCUAGCACUGAUGAAGAAUUGGACAUGUUGUCGCCCUCGUUCAAUCCUAUCAAAGCUCUGUACGCAAAAAACGUGCAGGUGCCUAGCACGACAGCUCAACCGCUAGACAACAUAUCAAAAUUUGAACUCGCUCCUUCAGGAGAAGUCUUAAUUAAACCUGAAAGACCCAGGACACACAAUGAAUUUAACAUUGAAUCGGUAAAACGUGAUUUAAGUGCUGUGGCCGGCACAUCUCAAGUAUCAUUAGUUCAACGGGUUUUUAAAAGGAGACGAACUGUAUUGGCACGUAUGUCAGAAAUUGGCAAAUCUCGUGGGCCGCUAUCUCGCAUUGCUCUGUUUUGUUACGCAAAAAAACGUGUUAAAGUGUACAUACGAUCGGCUGUGUCUGUUCGAGGUCACUGUGAAGGGUACAUUAUUGCUUUUGAUAAACACUGGAACUUAGUCAUGGAUGAUGUAGAUGAAGUAUGGACAAGGAAAAAUAAAUACAAAUCAUUAGCUAUUGGUGACGCGAGAAGUUUGGACGAUCCGGUGGAGAAGCCGUACACAGUCAUCAAGAAGAUUCGAGGACACCAAGUGUGCCGGAGGCACGUUCCCCGAUUUUUGGUGCGUGGAGAGCAGAUCGUUUUAGUGGCCAAAUGUCUCGUUUGAACGAUGAAAUUUUUCAACAGUGUGAUGAUGUUUAAUAAAUGUAUAUUUUUACGUGUA